GAGUUAAUCUCUUACCUUCUCUCUCUUUAUUGAUAUAUACCUGGUUACAUUCUGUGGAUUUUCACUCCACUUUCAUGUUGUGUGUGUCUCUCUUUCAUCUGCUUUAAGAUGGAUCCUUCUGAAAAAGGGGUUUCAGAUGAAGUGAUGAAUGAUGAUGUUGAUGCCAACAACCCUCAAUCGCUGCCUCAUUCUGGCACCAAAAUAAUGUGUUGUUACUGCAAGCGCGAAAUCAAGCGUCUGAAAAGAAGUGAUGAGAAUGCACCAGCCAAUAGUGGUGUGAAGGAAGGGCAGAAGGAAAAUGAAGAGAGAGGAGAGAAAGUGGGUGAAGGUGAUGCUUCCAUAGAAAUUGAUCAACUGGUUGAUGAAGCUGUUGCUGAGGUGCUUGAAGGAGGUGCUGAAGAUUGUGUUGAAGUUGGUGAAAAGGAAGAGCAAGAAAAAGAAGAUGCUGCCAUGGAUGGUAACAAUGAAGGUUCUGGUGGUGUAGAAGAAAUAAUGGAGGCAAAGGAAUCUAAUGAAGUUGUUGAAGGUGGAGGGGAGAGUGGUGGUGGUGACUCUGAAGAACACAAUUCAAUUGCCCCUCCAAAAAGUCUAAACUUUGAUCUUAAUGAAAUGCCUCCUGAGGAUGAUUGAAGCAUGAAAGUGGUAGAUUAAUUAAGUGGUUGUGUUUUUUUAGCAAAGUCAUGUAUAAGAAUCAAUAUAUGAAAUUUUCUGAUAAAGGGUGUAUUUCAUUUUCUGAGACAAUGUAAUAGUUUUC